AUGACCGACCGAUCAAGUGAAGCAGCAGCGCACUCAGUGCCCGCUUACACGCCCGGUGGCAGCACCGCAGCGAAUACUCAAUGGUCUGAUGAGGCAACGCUCGCAUGCGAACCACAAUUGAUUGAGCGCUGUGGCGUAGAUGUGACCACCAAGUGUCGUGACAUCGAUACCGGAUCUUCUAACACACACCAAGUCCAACUCACUUUGCGCAUAAAAAAUGUUCGCUGUCACAGCCCCAACAUCAGCGUUCUACGAUUUGAAUAUUGCAAACUGAAUGCUGUGCGACGCGAUUUCAAGGAUAUAUCCUUGAAAAUGGUUGUGGUGGAUAAGCCGAUCAGGAACUCUGUGAUCACAAUACAAUUCCUCAAGCGCUCAAAUGGCUACAAGCCUUUUAUGCCCGACUUAAAGUUGGAUGCCUGCAGUUACCUGAAGAAACGCAACAAUUUCAUUAUGAACACGCUAAUGGACGUUUGGGGCAAAUAUUCGAAUAUGAAUCACACUUGCCCAUAUGAUCACGAUUUGAUUAUUGAAAAGAUGCGUUUCACCGAAUCAGAUUUUCGUUGGAUACCAUUUCCACACGGCGAAUAUGCUUUUUAUGCCAAAUUUGUUUUUAAUAAUAUAUUGGCUGCACAAAUCGACUUUUUCCUAAGUAUUUUGCAAGAUUGA